UCUUUCGCCCCUAUACCCAAAUUUGACGAUCGAUUUGCACGUCAGAACCGCUACGAGCCUCCAUCAGAGUUUCCUCUGACUUCACCCUAUUCAGGCAUAGUUCACCAUCUUUCGGGUCCUAGCAGAUAUGCUCUUACUCAAAUCUAUCAAAAAAUAUCCUGA